AGCAGCAUGUCGCGGCCACAGGAGUGCUUAAAACAGCUCAUGUCCGGCGAUGAAACAAGUGGACUCUACGUUUUGAUGCUGCUCUCCUUUUUUCCACUCUACUACUGGUGCUUUACAGAAGAAAGCACUGAGGAUGACUUUGAAAUAUCCUUUGUUUGCCAUCGGCCUGAUGAUCUGGACAUACUGCAGGAAGAGACUGAAUUUAGCAAGAAAGAGCUGCAGUUCCUCUACAGGGCCUUCAAAAAUGAAUGUCCCAGUGGAGUAGUGACUGAGGAUGUGUUUAAACUCAUUUACUCUCAGUUCUUCCCACAAGGAGAUUCAAGCAUUUAUGCACAUUACCUGUUUGAGGCAUUCGAUACUAACAGGAAUGGCUGUUUAAGUUUUAAGGAGUUUGUUGCUGGUCUGUCACUCAUCCUUAGAGGCUCAAUAUAUGACCGGCUAAACUGGGCAUUUCAUUUCUAUGAUCUUGAUAAGGAUGGAUUCAUCACAAGAGAGGAGAUGAUGAAGAUCAUGAAGUCAAUUUAUGUGUUGAUGGGGAAGUACGUGUAUCCAUCCAUACACAAUGACACUCCCAAAGAACAUGUGGAAAACUUCUUUCAGAAAAUGGACAGAAACCGUGAUGGAGUGAUCACCAUUGAGGAGUUCAUGGAGUCAUGUCAAAAGGAUGCAAAUAUCAUGCGGUCAAUGCGGCUGUUUGACAGCGUUUUUUAGGAGUUUGUGCCCACCUGUGGAUUUCAGCACCACAUUCUUCUCUCUCCAUCAAGAAAUUAUAUAUAUAUGGCUUAAUCUGGUGAACCUAUGAGCCUGAUGGAAUAGUCUUCCAUCACAGAAUUUUACUGUAUUCACACUGUACUUAUAUAUUAGCCAUUUUUACAAUAUUUGUAUGGGGUUUGCUUUUUUUAGUCAGAGAAGACAUGACAUUUAGGAAAGCACACACCUGAUGAGGAAAAUUUAUUUUUAGCUAUUUUUGGAAACAUCAGAAUGCAAAAAAUGUUUUGGUUUUAUCCGUACCAUUUAUUGUAAUUAUUUUUUCUACUGUUUUUGUGUUAACUCAGAUUUGAUCUCAUUCUUUUAUGUCAGAUAAGUGUAAGGAGCAUGAAUGUGGGGAUUAAUUUCAUGUUACAAAUGGUUUAAUUUGAAAAAGGGAGUGUUUUAUGUCAGCUGUCAUUAGAACAGUAGUGUAAAGAUGAACAGAGUGAAUUUUGAUAGAGCUGUUAAUAAACAUGUAC